AUGUCGACUGACGACGACGUUGUAGCCAAGUACGAGCUUGCCGUGGAGACUAAGCAGGUGAUUGAAGAGGAGAUUGCGGCGUAUGUAGCGGAAUUGACAUCGGGACAGAACCCAGGAGUGACUGGUCCAUUGGUGGACGCUGAGGGCUUUCCACGUGCGGACGUGGAUGUCUAUCGAGUGAGACAUGUCCGCCACUUGCUGGCACGGAAGCAGACGGACCAUAAGCAGGUGAUGCAGACGAUUGAAGAGCUCUUGCCACUAGUGUUUGCUGCUCGCAGUAGCGACUUGGAGAAGACGUCGACACGAGUCGAGUCAUUUGCUGAGGACAAAGGUGCUGCUGCUGCUGCUGCCACUGCUACUGCUGGUGCUGUUUUAAGUGUGUCUCUUGAGGCGCUGGAGAACAAGUGGAAGCAGACGCUGCAUGAGGUGAAUACUGAUGAGAGACACUUGCAGCCGUUUGCAGUGGUGGAGAGUGUGCAGAGUGAGUCUCCAGCCGAGACAGCUGGGCUGCAGCCGCUGGAUGAGGUGCUACGUUUUGGCACGGCUGACGCUAGUAAUCACCGAGAGUUGGCGGCAGUCAAGGACAUUGUGGAGCGCAAUAUUGGCAGCGGCAUCCGCGUGCUUGUGCGUCGAGAAACGCAUCUGCUGGCUUUGGAGCUGAUCCCGCAGACGUGGAGUGGUCCGGGCGUGCUUGGCUGUCUGCUGCGUCCUACGUAG